GGAGCAAAGCAAAGAAAUCAAACUGGGAGGUAGAGGCACUGAGGCACAAGGGCUGAGGGAUCUGUAGGGACAGCCUGGGAAGGAGGCAGAGGACUUAGGGUUCCAGCAGGAACGUCCUGUAGUUCUGUCAGCCCCACAAAUCGCUCUGAGCGAGUGAAUAAGAAGAGGAGGGGGGAAUCUCCGGCUCAGGAACUGGAGGCUGUUUCCCUCUCUGCCCGCGUCUGUGCGGAUGAGGAACCGGCUGCCUCUCGCUGCACUCGGGAGAUGAAGGGAUAAGCGGCCGCACCAUGCCGGGCUUCCUCUGGAGAUCGGUGCUGAUCCUGCAGGCGAGCGCUGCCAUCUACACGGCAGCACAGUUCAGCCCAGCUAAGACAUAUGAAGAGUGGUGGGCAUACAAGGAGGCUGUGCAGGGGAGCUUUGUGCCAGGUCCUGCAUUCUGGGGUCUGGUUAACUCUGCUUGGAAUCUGUGCACCAUCGGCAAGCGGCAGUCUCCUAUCAACAUUAACACCAGCCAAAUCAUCUUCGACCCCUUCCUACCUCCGCUCAGGCUGAGUAUGACUGGAACUACGGUCAGUGGUACAAUGCAUAAUACAGGGCGCCAUGUUUCCUUCCGCUUGGAUAAAGAACAGCCGGUGAAUAUUUCUGGUGGUCCCCUUUUAUAUAACCAUCGUCUUGAAGAGGUGAUGCUACAUUUUGGCAGUGAAAAUUCUAUCGGCUCCGAGCAUCUGAUGAAUAAAGAGACCUCAGCUGGGGAGGUGCAGCUGAUUCAUUAUAACCAGGAUUUGUACAGUAAUGUCACAGAAGCAUCCCGCAACCCCAAUGGCCUGGCUGUAAUCUCUUUAUUCUUGAAUGUGGCGGACAACUCCAAUUCAUUUCUCAACAGGAUGUUGAACAGAGAAACCAUCACAAGGAUAUCUUUCAGAAAUGAAGCCACUUAUAUUCAAGAUCUAUCCAUUGAAGACCUCUAUCCAGACACCUUUGGAUUUCUGACGUACCAGGGAUCUAUGACCAUUCCUCCUUGCUAUGAGACUGUUACUUGGAUUGUAAUCGACAGGCCCCUAAACAUCACUUCAAUGCAGAUGCACUCUUUACGUCUACUGAGCCAGAACCAGCCGUCCCAGAUCUUUCAGAGCAUGAGUGACAACUUUCGCCCAGUUCAGCCACUUUUCCACCGAGGCCUGAGAGGGAAUCUUGAUUUCCGAAAACCAGGCCGGAAAUGCAAAGGAGCCAACUAUAAACUUCACAUUGACAGGCCUACGUCUUCCAAGAACGCAAACUAAAAAAACGCAGCCAUCACCUCUGUCCUACCUACAAAAAUCUAAAGGAACUUUGUGUAGUGAGUGGAACCUGCGCCUCUGGGGUUCCUGUACUGUAAGAUCAUAUUUUCAAUAGGAACCUUUUACAAAUUUUACAAGGUGGCAUCAGUAUAUUGUGUAUUAUUCAUAAAGAGACUACUUUUAAAAUAUUCUAGCCUUACUGGAAAUUUUAAUCUCAGUUUUAUACAAAGGCUUUGCAUUUCAUCCACCAAAAAAGCCAAUGGGCAGAGAAGUCACAAUUCUGCAUCCUGGGCGUCGAGAAGAAAUAUAUCCCCAUAUCAAUUUGAUAACUUUGGGGUAUGCUGGGAUUUGUAUCUGAAAACAACAGAGGUUAAGAUUACUGAUAUCUCUGCCUUGGUUCAAUACAACAGGACACUGCCUUUUCCUUUAAAGACAGACUGAAAAAAGUAAUAAAGGCCUGUUGGAAAUUGUACAGUUUUAUUCUGCUUUGAUCAGUAAUAACAUACAAGAUGCACAUUAGGACUUCUUUAUGGCCAUCUCAGUUCACCAAUAACAGCACUGAAUACUGUUUCAGCCUACAGCUAUCCAAUCUCAUCCUCUUCCAUUCACUGCAUUUGCUUUAUUGAUGAUUUAUGGCUUUCAGCAGUAACAUCGUGCAAAGUGGAGCAUUAGCUUUGGAGGAGUUUAUCUCGUCCAUGUUGUCAGUUAUAACAGGACAAUGAUUUCUAUAUACAGCUUGCCCCAAAUUGAGAGUGAAUUUUGUAACAGUUUUUUCAUACCUUGAUACAGCGUAUUUUAUAUGCCUUUUGUUUCCUUGCAUUUACAGACUGAUACAAUCUAAAUGUAAAUUUCCCAUUCCAAUAUAUAUUUCUUACCCCAAUGUGCCACGAAACAGGAUAUCAAUGAAUUAGCCUUAGGCUCCAAGACAGGGAAGCUUUGGAAGAAGAGGUGACCUGCACCCAAACCCACAAUGGUCACCCAAAUUUCAACCCUAGCCUGCCUGACCAAAGGAUAAACCAGAAAUGUUUUAAAAUGUUAACUGGGGAGUUGACUUUUUAACUAGAAGCAAGAAAAUGAAUAAGAUUGUAAGCAGCUGCCAGAAAACACCAUCUCCUAGUGUUUUAUUCCUGAUGCUAAUGGUUUACAGGAGUGGGUCCUGGACUAUGGAGUUGGUCCCCUUGGAGGGAUUGGAGCAAGAGUGGGGGCUCCGCCUGAAGCCCAGAUAGGGUGAGAAUGGCCGUUUGUUCCCCUAGAUACACCUGAACCCAGACAGUUAGGGUAGAUUUGGGGUGAAAACAUUAGCUGUCUUAGAUAUUCUUGGAAAUGUUGCUAAAUGACUGAUACACUGAUUCUGCCUAAAUCUGUACUCGUUUUGUGAGCUAACACUUUUGCAUUUUUGCACUUUGUCACAAACUUGAUGGCGAUUGCCCUGGAGCCUGGCUAGCACCAUUUCUGGGAACCCUGGAUCUACUGCCUGGUCUGGUCUCUUCCCUGCAGAUAACCAAGAAGGGAAGUAAGGGGCGAAUAAAGACGAUACCUAUCCAGUUUUAUUUUAUAAGAAUUUAUAAGUUACCAGUCUUUAAAACUCUGAAAAAUUAUGACAAACAUGAUUGGCUUUAUUGUGCCUAAAUGGCCUCAUCUGAAAGCAAAAAUAAUAAUAAUAAUAGCAAUGCCGGUAACUGGGGGAAAAAAGUGGAGUACUGAGUUUGUGUAUUUCAUAUGUUACCCAAUGUCAGUGCUGUCCUAAUGGAGGCUUAAGGGUCCAACUGUGACCCACCAUGGGAUUUUUAUGGCAUCCAAAAACAUCUAAGGGUUCCACAGACUUUCUAGUAUGGUACACUAGCAUAAACUUAUAACAUGUCCAAUAUAAGUAGAGUUGCCAUUUUCUUUUUUUUUCAUUUACUUUUAAGCAAUUUAUAUUGCUCAAGCAAGAGUUCUGGGUACCUUGAAUUGUGGGUACCCUAUCAUAGGGCAUAGGGGGAAAUCUCAGUAGUUGCAUAUAUCUGCAGUAUGUUUGAGCAUGUUCAUUUUAUCCAACUGUAUCUGUAUUUCAGCAGUUCCAUUGUUGGUUAUAUAAUCUGGCACAUACAUCCAUUUUUAUCAUGCGUGAUCUUUGAGCCUAGGGCAUAUGGGAUAAUAAGAUGUCACUCUCUCAGAAUGCCUCAGGCAAGAAUAAUUCCCUGGCUGCUCGAGGGUACCAUUUCUUUGGCAUACUGAAAUCUCAAGGCACCUUUGAAGUCUUCAUAUUUCUAGAGCACUUGUUAUCCAGCUAUACUUAAAGGGAAAGGGAACUCUGUUUUAAAUCCAGAGUUAUAUCUGAAUGUUAUCAAAUAGACCACAAAAUAUGAGUAAGUAGCUUCCACAUAACAUUUUUUUUGUUUACUGCUGAAAAAUGGAUGGACCAUAUAUUUUUUUUUCAGCUGUCACCCAUUUUGGUCAUAGCUAGGUAGACUGUUAAUCCACUAUGCACACUUGAACUACAUACUCAUACUUAACUGUUAAAUAGAAGAUAAGAUUACUUAAAAACAAUGAUGUCAAAGAGAGCUAUAGAGAUCUUGGGCAUGCUGUGGGUCAUAAAACCUCUUGAAAGGGCCAGUGGGUCAUUAGUUAAACAGCUCUACUUUAACAUAACCUGCCUAAAACUAACAACAGUUGCAAAGUUGCCUCUACUUUGCUGACCUAGCAUCAAAAUAAAAUGUACUGUUCUGUUGUUUGAAAGUAAAUAUCUUGCUGGUAAGCUACCAAUGAACUGAUAUAAAUUGCUUUUGCUCAUUGAGUCAACAACCUAUAAGCCCAAACAUGAGCCCAAAAUAACCUUUAAAUUAAUACCUGAUACAGUCUUAUCCAGCCUCAUACAAGGCUAAGCACUAUACAGUUAAUGACUCUUCAUGAAUGAUCAAGAAGAUCUGAUUUUGGCUAUGGUCAACUUUUGUUGAACGUUAUGAGACAAUGCGUGAGAGAAAUGCUUUCUGCAAUGCUGUGAGUAGCUGUCGAUAAGGGUAGAAGAAUACCCUACAUAUAAGCAAUGAGUGGAUUUAAAUAUGUGCAGUGCAACUGACCUGAUAUAUAUAUUAUGGUGCCAAAGCUGAUGGAUUGACUAGGGUUAAUGAAAAUGCUGGAGUUUUCUAGAUCAAUGAAUGAUUUCACAUCACAACCCUGUCUGUUGCAGUAUAAACCAUGAGCCUUUGGGGAAUCUCUACUCAGGCUGAAUGCCUUGCAUUGAGUUAUUGAUCGAUUUGCUAGAAUAAAUGUCUGAUGGACAAUAGUGGUGAGAGUUUCAGCUUCCAAAGCCUGUGGUUCCUGCAAUAUUAAUAGAAAUAGAAAACAUUUAUGUCACAGGGUGUUCGUUUGAUUGUUUUUCAUAUCAUAUUCCCUUUCUUGAUGCACACAUAGAGAUAAUAAAAGGAAACAGCUUGCUCAUUGGAUGAUGCUGGAGUAAUAUCUCUCAGGCCAGGUUGGCUGACCACAAACAACUUUCCCAAGGUACUGAAAUCUGUAUCUACUGAAAGCAGACAAGAUUUAAUGUUACAUGGAGGCCUUUAUUACAUUUUGUAACAGGAUUAUAAAGAUAUCCAUAAGGACUGUAAGGGAUUUCCCAACUCUUCUUUUUGUACCAAUAAUGGAAAGGGUAAAAAGGAAAUUCAACCCUGCAAAAAUGAAGUUGUGUUUGUGUGUCAGUCAGUCCAUAGAGAGAACAAAAGUUCCCAAAUCUCAUCUCUUUCCGCUAUUGGCUGCCAAACCAAUUUAGAAGGUUUGCACCCCUGUAGUUCUUGUGUCUAUCCAGUUCCCUUUGUUGAUAGCCCAGGGCUAGAGUAGAGCAGCACCCAUUGUAUGGGCACCCAAAGACUUACCUGACAUGGAAGAAUGUUAGUUGCUUAGGUGUUUGCUGGGAAGGCAGUCAGGGACACAGAUGCAGAACAUACAGGAUAGGGAUUCAUCUCCAGAACAAUAAUGUUUUCAUAUUCUAAAAUAUAUUUAAGACAAUUUGCAUUUAUAUGAACCAUUUUCAUUUAUAGUAUUGAUUCCUAUCACGAAUGUUAUCUCAAGGGAGGAUAACUGAGUAAGAUAGUUACUUUUUCCUUAUCCCUGAAACUGUAUUUGCCUAAGCCAGAUACUUUUAUAUAUAACUUUCUGUUGAUUACUUUGUCACAUUGGCCUCAAUUCCACGAGCAGCUAGAAUAUAUUUUAUGUUAAAAUGCACAAUUCUUUGCCACGUAUUAUAAUAAUAAUUCAUCUAAAUUUUCAAGUUCAGUAGGCCGGAUAUUUCUUGUGUACUAAAUGUCCCCCUAAUUCUUAAAAAUCCAUGCAAUGUAGGAAUAUGUUCCCUUUCCUCUUGUACCUUUCCGUUGUCUGAAGGAGCUAUAAAUAACUAUGGACUGCACAAAAGUAUUGAUUGCUGCACAAUGUUUCUAGAAAUGACAAACGGAUUAGGAAAAAGUAACAGGUAUACAUUAUUUAUAAAGCAAAUAGUCUAUUCCUAAAGUGUUUGCAAGCGGUGACACAAUAAUAGUUACUGCAAUAUUCUUUGCACAUAGAAGACCAUAGACCGCGCUAAUGAGACCAUACAAUUAUGAUCCCUAUGUUUUGCAGUCCAUACAUCCAGCUGGAUUUCAGAAGUUCUGUAUUAAACCAGGACAGCUCUUAAAGGAAAAGUUUUUUUCUUGCUUCUGCCCUGCUUUAGCAAUGCUGUAAAUGCUCCAAAGGGUAUUUCACUUAUGAUAAAUGGAACUUUCAGCUAAAAUAUGUUUUUUUAAAUCUAUGAAAGAGACAAUUCAUAUAAAAAUGUAUAAACACUUUAUAUAUAAACUUUGUAAUUUUAUUUUCCCAUAAUCCAUGAUGUCAUGUUGGAAUGCUGGCCGUGCACAGAGACUGUUUGGUCCACAUGUUUAGCUUCAAACAAUCCUUUCUGGUUCUCAUAUUGGACAAAAUAUCAUAUCUGGUUGAGAAUAGCCCCGCUGUCCAUGUAGGCAGCCUCUAGAAUGAAGCCUUAACAGCUUCUUGUACAAUGAAGCCAUACCUUACUAUUGACCAGCAAGAUAAUAUAGAUACAAUAUUGGUAAACUUUGGCCAAAUUGUAAUAAGAAUUAACUGAACCCACCAGCCAGACAGUUGAAAGGAUAGACUUAAAUCUGUGUGUGGGCAGUUCAAGGGCUAUGGAACAAUUGCAAUCAUAGGGUGACUUCUUGUCUUUGCCAGCGCUGUUUUCAGUCGCCACUAUUAAUAACAGUAUGUGUGGCAUAUGGUGUUCACAACACAAUAUAUAUAUAUAUAUAUAUAUAUGUCUGCAACUUAUAUUUUAUCUAUAUUUAAUGGGCUAAAGUUGCCACACAGUCUCUGCACCUUAGAGUAGUAUAAGGGCUAAAGCUUGUCAAACAAGCGGAUGUAGACUGCUGACUCCAUAUGGAGUCCGCAGCUUAUUGGACCAUCUCUUGGCCAGAUAUAAAUCAGAAAAAUUAGUUUAGGUGAGGUGUACUUCUGUAAGCUGAUGCAAUGAGUAUGAUCAGCCUGAUUUGGCCCAGUAGGUGGCCUAGUUAGGCAGAGAUUCACACAGAGAGUCGUGGAUAUAAAGGAGUAUGGCCACCUUUUUGACUUAAUAGCAUUAAUCAAAAAACUGGAAGUCCCUGAGGGUUGCACCCCGAGGAUUACUAAGGGAAGCCAUGCAAGCCCACAGCUCUCGGUUACCCCUGAGAAAUACUUAGGAGCCAUGAGCUACUGAUGCUUCUUAACAUUGUUGUGCAAACUGCAGAGAUGUCCAGUGCUUUAUAGCUUCUACAAACUAGCGGCCAUCAGACUACCCCCGUGAUAAGCCCUUGAGAUAAAUCUCUGGGAUUAGUUAUGUUUGUAUAUGUUAAUCUACUGGAAGCUUUGUAAUAAAAAGGAAAGCGGAAACAGAUAUUGUGCAAUAUGCUAUAUCCAGCUUUACAAUAACUCGCUGUGUCUUAAUGUUCUGUUUGGAAGGCAGUAAGAAAGUAACAUCAUUCUAUUUGCCAUUAUUACAUAUUUGUUGUGAUGACUGCUUAAUCCUCUUGGGAGAAAUAUGAAUAAUAAAUACUUUGUGCAAAUAAUCUAUUCCUAUAGCUAAAGCCGGUCCCUGCCUACAGAAAUCUGACUGAUAUAAUAUUUUAGUGAUGCACAGGUCUGGAACAUGCCAACCUAUAGCUGAUCCUAAUCUGUCUUUUCUUAACCGGUGUCCAACUUGGGCUAAUGUUCUAGAAGAGUUAAAAAACAAGCACCCAACUUCUGAUAAUGUCAAACAGGGGCCGGCUCUCCAGUAUAAUAUAUGGCACCAGAGUGUUUAAAGUAGGUUGUGAGUGGGUUGUGGACCAAAACCCUUCAAGACACAGGGUAAGCCCACCUAGCCCACUUAUCAAUACAUUAUUUUAUCUCUCCAUUUAACGGAUCACUGCCUAGUUAAUAAAUCUGCAACCUAAAGUUACCUCUAAAGGCAAAUUAAGUAAGAAAUAUAUCAACAAUAUGUUGAGUUGGAACUUUUCAAGGGCCACUUCCAACACUACAGUUUUUUUUUAUUUGCCAAUCAUAUCUGUAUUGCAAACAUGAAGGUGUAAAUAUGUAGUUUAUUACAUUAUAGCAAUUAUUUUUUAUCUUCUUGAAUGGUGCUACUUGCACAGUUAAUGGUUGUACUCUUUCCUGUUCUUAACUGUCUUGAAAGGAAGAUAGCAGCGAAUGAGGCCUAUUUACCCACUGAAAUUGUUAGCAAUGCAUUGUGAUAAAUAGACUCCAUUUAUGAUACAAGCAAACAAGAUUUAUUAUUUAGCUAAAGGUGGCCAUACAUAUAAAGAUCCGCUCGCCAGGGGAGUGGAUCUUUUCCCGAUAUCCCCAACUACAGGUGGGCAAUAUCAGGGGAAUUUUGGCUAAUUCGAUUUAUUGGCUAAUUGGGGCCAAACAAUCGAAUUAUAACGACUGCAAUAGGCGCAGUCGGUUCGGGGACCGAUACGGUCCCUGAUCCGACUGAAUUUUUUAACCUGCCCGAUCGAUAGCUGGCCAAUAAGCUGCUGAAACAGUCUAAGGGACCGAUAUCGGCAGCUACAAUCGGCCCGAGUAUGGCCACCUUAACAGCCAGCCGCAUCCCAGCACACUCACUAGGAACCAGGAGUUUGAGAUGUGUCUCAAUAAUUGUGGUCUUUGCUUUGAAACCCAGCCCCUGAUUGGCAGCUGUCGAUACCAUGCAUUGCCCCUCCUCUCCAACAGGUUUUAGGGAUUAAAUAAAAAUGAAAAUGUCCUUUUAUUAACAUUCACCGACCCCUAAAAUAUUGGUAUACGGUUUUAAGGUAUGAAAAUGUUCACUUGAAGCAACUUUGGUUGGUGGCAGUUGCAGAAACAUUUAUUCUUUAAAGAGCAGUCAUGACUAUGGAUCAGUGUUAUCACGGAAUAUGGACCAAGGGCAUGUGUUUAAGGAAAUAUUGCUAUUAUGGAUGUAUAUUUUGCAUGUCACUGUCAUGCCAAUUUUAUAUUGAAAAUAAAAGUUUAUUGUUUAUACUUCACUGACAUUAGAAA